UCCUUGGAUACCGUGGUGAUUGAACCUUUUCUUUUGCGAUGGGAAACUUCCGAAAAUUUCAUGCGAAUUUCAGUUGAAAUCACUUGAAUCUCAAGUCAGUUUUAUGCUGGUGAUGGAAACUUGAAUAGGCUCAAAGGUCAUCAGAAGCAGCCAUGGGGAAGAAGAAAGGAAAGAAAAGUGGAAAGAAAAGCGGAAAAGGCAAGAAAGAGAAGAAGGAGAAGGAGCCUCAGAUGACCAUCAGGGAAGCCAUUUUAGCUUAUCAGAUCAAUGUCAAAGAAAAUGCAUUGGAAGAGUUUAUGUACGAGAUCAAGGGACUGGAGGAGAAACGCCAGAGGAAUAAAGAGAGGAAUGAGCGUCUGAAGGAGGAGCAGCUGUACCAUAUCAAAACGCUCCUGAAACAAGCCAAGGAGAGAGACCAGGAGCUGGAGCAGGUGACCGUCAUUAACAAGGAGCAGGUGGAGGUGGCGCUGAAGGAGAAAUGGAGAUCCUGCAAAGAGGAGGAGAAAGCUAUCGAGGACAUGAAGAACAAAAUUUCUGAGACGAUAAAGCAGUACGAGGAAGACCUGAUCCAGGUGAAGAAAUGGACAGAGUAUAAGAACAAAGGGAGCAUAGAACAUGCAACGCACAUCAAACUGCUCCAGGAAGAGCUGGAGGACAUGCAGAAAAACUUUGAAGAAAUGAGAGCUCAUCUUGAGAGAACUCUAAACAUAGCCAAGGAAGAGAUUAAAAAAGAAACAACAGAAAGACUAGAUGAACAAAAAUACAUAGCCUCCGAGAAAGCGAUCAAAACUCUCGACAAGUUUAGUGCCCAAGAAGUCAUUGAUAAUGACUGGUUAAAGAAAGAGUUGGAGCUUCACACAGAAGAGACCAUUUCGCUCCAAGGGGAGGUAGAGCGAUUAGAACGGGAGAAUCUAACAGUAAUGAGCGACCUGUUUGACUGUAGAAUAGAGGAUCUCAAAAUAUCAAGGAAGUUUUACCUGACCCAGUUUGAGGAUAAUGAGGAUCUUAACGAUGGUGGAAUCUUGGAGUUUGACCUGGCCAAGUCUGCAAUCAGUCAGGGUGAUGUUCCUCCUCCAAUGGCAAUCACACAAGGACCUCGCAAGCAAAGGCCGCAGAGUGCGACCCAGAGGGCGGUAGAGCAGAAAGUUUUCUCUCUCCUACCACGGGAGCAGGACCAAGCUGCCAGCGAGGAAGAGGGAUAUGGGGAUAGGGGCGAAGAGGUCUUUGCCCAACAUAGCGGAGAGGAGGAGGAAUAUCUGGGCGGCUUGGACAACUAUCUCAACUUUGAUGAUGAAGAUUUUGAUGACUAUCUCAAACUAGGGCCCCUUGAACUCAAGCUGUUGAGCAUAGAAGGCCACGCUAAACCCAUCCACGAGCACAAGAAACUCUCAGUCAAAGAAGAGCAAGCCAAGCUCUCCGCGCCGGACGUCUGGCCGGUCACGGGGGACAUGUUGAGGUCGGCCACCCGCACUUCUAUGCAAGAGACUUGAGCGGGUGCAGACUGAAUGGAUUCAUUUAUUGAAAUUGAAACCAGUAGGUUUUAAAAUAUGUAUUUGAUCAAAUGUUCUUGUUCAAAUUUGCACCGGCUGUAUUAAUAUGUUUGGGAUAAUUAUGAAAUUGGGAACCACCGUUCACUUCGUACAGCAGCGCUUUAUCCAGUCACACCCAUUGGUUCCUUAUUUCCACCUCCAUUCACUUUGUACACAAGUGUGCACGUAAAAAACGUGUAGUUUCCCAAAACACGAUUUGGCCAAUUAUAACAUGCAACAUUUAUAUAGCGCUUAAUGCAAUGUUUCUAAGCACUGCAUACUAUAACCCCCGCUUUAGCACAGCUACUCAUAUUUAUGAUAGAAAGUUUAUUGAGAGUCUUCUCUCACCAAUGAGGUGGAUUUCAGUAUAAAAUAAUGUACAUCAGAGAGGGAAUUUAGUCAGAUUCACAAGUUAACAUUCGAUCUAAUUCAGUGGGUGAUGGCGAGAAAUGUCUUACACUAUUCAAACCUUCCCCAGAAAGCUUUCAACAUUCUUGCAUUAUCUAUUAGUGUUUAACAAUUCACAAGGAAUGAUAUAUUGCCUUAUCAUUGAUAAUCGAAUACCCAAAUAUGCAAUAUUAUGCAACCCCAAAUGUCUACUCUCUCUAAUUAUUUGUUUCCCUGACGUAGUUGCAAGCAAACUUCCAACAUUUAAAAAUGGAAGAUGAUAUGCAUUCGCUAGAAGAGCUUCCUCUGAAAAAAAAUCUAUAGCAAUGCUAUUGUAAUAUGCAACAAAAACAAUCAUAAUCUUUAUGGCAUAGUAUUUCAAUGUGUUGUAAUAAAAUGUAUAGUUAAGAGUACAGUAGUACAAUUAUAUGUGUGAAUAUUUAUUGAAAUGUUAAUAGUUUUAAUAGGAAUUCACUUUGAUGAAAAAUUUGAUUUAAUCAAAGCAGAUGAAAUAAAGAUGUGGUUUGGUGAAUAUCCGUGAAUGAAUAACAGAGUUAUGAAGUUGGAUUUCAUGACAUCCGAGACAACAGCUACUCCAUACGUCAUGUUAUAUAAAUUCAAGAAAAUGGGAUUUCGUUUUUU